GCACUAAAUCUCUUUGCCCAUGGGCACACUGCACUAGCCCACCGGGAACUCUGCUGCCCACUGACAACACUCCUCCAUUCUCUGGUUCUGUCAUGGAUUAUAGAUGGAACGUUUUAAAGGGAUUUCAAAGUCUGGGGGAAGAUUAGGGAAGAGGAGGAGAGAAUAAAGAGGGGGAGGACUUUAACAACAUCUCUGCUGCUUUUCUUCACUGAAAGAAUGGGGGCAGGAGCUCUGACCAUUUGUCACAGCAAGGCAGCGGUGAAGGUGAGGGAAGACAUGUUGAAAAUGGUUCAGAUCCCUGUCCUAAAACCCAGGGGUACAGUGAUUGAGCAGCCCGGAGUGUUUGGGAAGUCUCUGACGGAGCUGCAAGAGCAAGGCCUGCUGAAGGAUGGGCUGCCUCUGGUGGUGAGGAGGAUGGUGGAGCAUCUCCGCAGUCAUGGGCUGAAGCAGGAGGGCUUGUUUCGGUUAAACGGUAAUGUCCGCGUGGUGCAGAUGCUGAAGCGGCGGUUGGAGAGUGGGGAAGAUGUUGACCUCACCUCUGAGUCUGAUGUUUCUACUGUGGCCAGUCUCCUCAAACUGUACCUCAGGGAACUACCUCAGGCCCUCAUAAACUCCACAGUUCAACAGGCCUUAUUACAGCACUACCAGGAUUUUGGAGACAAUGGCUCUUGUUCAGACAUAAGAGACCUGCUUUUGAGGCUUCCAGUCGUUCACCUCAGCCUCCUCCGAUACCUCCUCCACUUCCUCACUGAGGUGGACCGCAACCACAAGGAAAACCGCAUGACAGCACACAACCUGGCCACUGUGUUUGGACCAAGUGUCUUCCAUGUGACUGCUGGUUUCGAGGCGAUGAAGGACCAGACCAUAUGUAACAAAAUCAUGGUCAAACUCAUUCAGAAUUACAACAGCAUAUUUGAGGCACAGCAGGACAUUGAACACUGCAUGGAGGACUACCCAACCCUCAUCAUUGUCAAGGAGGCACAGUCAACAGAUGUGGAAACAGGGCAGUUAUGGAGUUCUCCUUUGAAAACGCCACAACCAGCUCCCAGGAUAAAGACUGGAGCGAUCACAACAGUUACAAAUGCAGAAUCACUGGAAAAACCCAGCACAGAUACUCCAAAGCCAAGGCCUAGAAAACUCAAGGUGAGGAAAGGUCCGAGGAGUGACACAGCAGGAGCUCGGGUUUUGCCUAAGUCCAGUCUGUCCGCCAGGGAGUCCAAUGCAAGGCCUCUGCCCAGACCGGUUGUCCUGACGACCACCAGAAGUCCAGAAACAUCAGAGACAGAGUUGAGACUACAGCGAAGUAAUGUCCCAAACCCUGUCAGUGUAGAUACCGGCUCAUCUAACAGCAUGGACAGUACAAGGAGCUCCCAACAAGAAGACAGUGACAGUGAUGACAAAGACAGACCAAUUUCACCAUUCUACAGAAGUCACCACCUCUCUCCAAGACACCGCACACCAGAUGUGGUAGAUUAUUUGGAAAGAACAAUUCGGUCAACAGUGGAGGAGCACCUCUUUGGUAGUAACCCCUGGAGAGAUCAAAGGUCAAGGGAUGGUGACUCAAACCAGUGUCCCAAGAGUCCAAUAGGAGCUCCAACCGCCCGCGAGAGAAGACGAAGCCAGAGACAGCAGGACGCACAGAGUCCAAGGCACAGAGACAAGAGCAGUGCUAUAUCUGCUCGGGGAGGCACCAAUAAAGAGAAUAUCCAGUCAAGUAGCCGGAACGGUGGUGGUGCUGCUGUGCCGGAGGAGGACCCAGGCCAGAGGAGCCUUGUAGAGCUGACAUCCAGGGCGAGGAAGUGGAGACACAGUCCAACGCUAGUGCCGCUAAGUGACAACCAGGACGCCCACGCGGAGACCUAUGAGAGAUCUGAGGCAACCUACAUGGAGGCAUUCAAAAACUGGAAUGACACUACACUAGAAACACCUUCCUCCUCAGUAACGCUAAGGAUGAAGAUUCAGGAGUCUCCCGUCGCCUGUGACACGGGGAGGGUCGGAGUGGGGGGAGGAGGCGUUUCUGACCCGGAUUGCGAAAAGUCGGGCUGCGAGGACGUGCCCCGAUUGGACCUGACAGCUCUGACCGAGGACAACAAUUGGGGAGAUCCUGCUUUUAUAAACUCACCUUCUCUCGAUUUCAAACGCAUAUUUUACUCAAGUUGUUGUGAUGAGCCUGUACCGGCUUACCCACUACUGCAGAGGGAAAGCAUGGACAGAGAGGAGGCCAGGCUCUCCCCUCGUGACGGUGGGCGUCUUAUUCGACAGCUGCUGGACGAGGACAGUGACCCCAUGGUCUCCCCCCGGUUCUACGCCUAUGGACAUGGCCAGCAGUACUUAGAAGAUACAGAGGUGCCCCCCUCUCCGCCCAACGCACACUCAUUCGUCAGUCGCAGACGGAGUUCAUCUUUAGGCUCCUGUGACGAUGACAAAGAGGAGCUGACUUCAGCACAGCUCACAAAGAGAAUUCACGUCCUGAAGAAAAAGAUCCACAGAUUUGAGGAAAAAUUUGAAGAGGAGAGAAAGUACAGGCCUUCCCAUAGUGAUAAAGCUGCCAACCCAGAAGUGCUCAGAUGGGUUACAGAAUUGUCCAAACUACGCAAAAUGCUAAAAGAACAAAGAAUAUUGAAGUCAGAGGAGGACCUUCCACCUGUGACCCGUCAGCGCAGCAACACUCUGCCCAAAAGCUUCGGCUCCCAACUGGAGAAGAAACCUCAGCCAGAGAAGGCCCCCAAACCCCCAGUGGACAUCACGCUGGAGAGCAUUCAGAAGAAACUGCAAGAGAAGAGGGACGAAGUCAACCGGCCCGAAGACAUCAAGGACAUGACUCGGGAGCAGAUCGCAGCUGAAAAAGUAGCUCUGCAAAAAGCUCUCUUCUACUAUGAGAACAUCCACGGACGACCGGUGACCAAAAACGAGAGGCAGAUCAUGAAGCCGUUGUACGACAGAUACCGUUUGGUGAAGCAGAUCCUGUGCAGAGCCUCAACAAUCCCAGUCAUUGGUUCUCCCUCCAGCAAGCGCAGAGGGCCGCUGCUACAGCCUAUAAUCGAGGGCGAAACCGCACUCUUCUUCGAUGACAUCAAGGAGGAGGAGGACGGCUCUGAAGAUGACUCUGACACAAAGACGCAGGUUACCAUGACAGUCAGGCCUGAUCUGAGCGUGCUCGGUUUGAUGGACCAUAUGGACGAGGAGGUCGACGGGUUCAUUUCGCCUGUGGACGAAUUGUCGCCGUCAAAGAACACUGCGGACAUGGGGCUGUCCAACCUGCACUCUGCCACUAUUGAGGAGCUUGUGGAGCAGCUCCAAGAGACCCGUGAAGAGAAAAAACGAAUCCGCAAAAACCUCAAAGACUUCGAGGACCAAUUUUUCAGGCAAAACGGAAGGAAUGUUCAGAAGGAGGACCGCUCCCCUCUGGCAGUGGAGUACAGCGAAUACAAACACGUCAAGGCCAAGCUGAGACUGCUGGAAGUCCUCAUCAGCAAAAGAGACUCCACCAAGUUCAUAUGAGAAAUAAAACUAAUAGACUGUUGGAUAAAGACUGUUACAUUUCAUAACACUUGGGUGCGGUUGGAGAAAAAAAAAAACAGCAAACUGGCUCCCAACCUUCGUCUUCUUACUGCCACUUCAAGUCCAUUUCAGAUAACGCAAGACACGCACAAGCAAAAGAAUCAAAACUUCUACUGCUAAUGGUAAUUUAUUUCUUUCAAUGUUUUUUUUAUAGAACAAAUGUUGUGUUCUAACGAUGUAGUCUUAAAGAGAUUGUUUUCAACUGAGAUUAUGAAUGUUGUGUAUUUUUGUAAGGGAGCUGUUGCCAUUUUCUAUGAAUCAGUAUUUGUAAAUUGUCUGUAAUAGCAUACUUUUAAACUGCUUUAAAAUCACGCUUUUGACAUGCAACCAAAAGACACAACCAAAAUGAUCCGAUACUCAAUAUGUGAUUGUGUAUUUGUGUAUUAUUUCCCUUACAUAAGCUAAAGCCUGUUAUAAUCACUGGAGUAAUGCACGGUGGUGACAAGAUGGCCGCUUCCCCUCUCGCUCUCCACUUCAUCUGUACCUUUGUAAAUACAGAUCACUGUGUUUGUUUACAUUUCUGUGAGCAAGUACAAUUUUAUUUUCUCCAAAAUGGAUGAUUUAUCAGUGUAAAUUUCUCAAUGUUAACACUGGCAGACUUAAAUCUUUUGAGUGUGUACAUUUUAGUACAUAAAGUGUAUAAAUUGUAUUUUGUAUAUAACACAAAUGAAAUCAUAUUUUUACUGACAUGA